AUGACUUUGAGCAAAAAUGUCAUAGGAAUCAUAAACUUCAUUGCAGUACUCCUCUCAAUCCCUAUCAUAGGUGCUGGUAUUUGGCUAACAACUUUACAAGCAGAAUCAUGUGUAAAAAUCCUACAAUGGCCAGUGAUCAUUUUAGGGAUACUAAUUUUCAUUGUUGCUAUGGUAGGCUUGGUUGGAGCCUUUUGGAGGAUACCAAUGCUGCUCAUAUUCUAUCUCAUUGCGAUGAUUGUGCUCAUUGUAUUGUUGGGUUCUUUGGUGAUUUUUGUUUAUUUUGUGACACUUAGAGGACAUGGAAAUAUUGAACCUAAUAGGUCAUAUUUGGAGUAUCGUGUGGAUGAUUUUUCAAUUUGGCUAAGAAGAAGGGUUAGAAGUUCACAUAAGUGGGAUGGAAUAAAGAGGUGUCUUAGUUCAUCAAGUAUUUGUGCUGAGUUGAAUCAAAGCUAUCGGUUGCCUCAAGAUUUCUUUAAUGCACACCUAUCACCCUUGCAGUCAGGGUGUUGCAAACCGCCAACAAAAUGUGGCUACACAUUUGUGAACCCAACUUAUUGGAUUAGUCCAAUCAACAAUGGUGAAGACAUGGAUUGCAUGAAAUGGAGCAAUGAUCAAACACAACUUUGCUACAAUUGUGAUUCAUGCAAAGCUGGUCUAUUAGCAACACUUAGGAAAGAUUGGAGAAAAGCCAAUGUGAUAUUGGUUGUCACAUUGGUUGGUUUAAUUGUUGUGUAUUUGUUUGGGUGUUUUGCUUUUAGAAAUGCCAAAACUGAGGAGCUUUUUCGCAAAUACAAGCAAGGAUACACUUGA